CAGCGCUGCCUCCUCUUGAUCUUCCUCCUCCCCCGCUGCUUUCACCCCCUCUAGCCCUAUCGCAGACAACACAGCGGCCGCACAGAGCCGAGUGCGAGGGGCGGCUGUAUGGGGAGGGUGAGAAGAGGAAAUUGGAAACAAAAAAAGGAGAGAGGAGCACAUGGGGGGGGGAGGGAUGUUAACACGAGAGCCUGUGAAUGGAAGAGGAAGAGAGAGAGGAAAAAUAGGAACAGCACAGAAACGGAAGAAAUGCUGAACGAACGGAGAGAUGUAAGGCUUGUAUAUCAUCCUGAGAUGAUCCCCGUCUGUCCACUGCUGCUUUGUUAUACACAAUACGACAAGCGAGGACAGUGAAAGGACCCACGGCUGCAGCCAACUGUCAACCACCGACCCUCUACUCCUGUUGGCCAGAGGCAGCAGCAGCACCGUUAGCAUCAAGCCUCUCGGGACAAUGCGCCAAGACUGAGACUGCAAAACGGGAGCUCUGACACAUGUUCUGCACGCACACGCACACGCACACGCACACGCACGUGGUAGAUAGCUACGAGUGCAUGGAAGAGGACCACAUGUACCCACCUUUCUGACUAACAGCCACAUGUGGGUUGGGCUAAAAAGGAAUAAAAUUUGUCAGACGUCGUAGAAGAAAUAAAUGAGGAAAUAAGUCGACCAGUCCAAGCGGUUUGUGAUUUGGCUAAGAGCACGAUGGACGCAGUGACCAAGAGAGCCAUCAUCGUGUGAGGAUUGUAAUUUAUUACAUUUACAGAUGAUGGAUGCCAAAAAGAGAAGAGUAGUUUGAGUAAAACGGGCAAUCACAAGACAUGCAACAAUAGAGAGGACUCAGACCUGACAGCUGGCUUGUCGGACAACAAUACUGUCUGCGAUUGUCAACUGAUUUACAUACAUGGAAAUGAGCGAUCAUAAUUGGGGCCAAGGACCGCUGAGCUAACGAUUGACAUUACAAGCGUGACAGCGGUCUGAGUGAAUUAGUCCUGCUGAGACCAUGCAGUGGAGACGACGCCACUGCUGUGCACAGACAGCUAAGUUUAUCUCUCUCCUCUUACUGUUGGGUCUUCUGGUCUUUCUGGUCCACCAGGUGUGGGUGCCGAAGCGCACAGGUAUGCCAUGGUGGAGAGGCAUUCCUGUGGUGUACGGAGGUAGUGAACUUCACCCAACCACACCCAAAUGGAAUCCGAGCGCACCACAUUCAGCGUGGAGGUUCAUCAUUGUUCCUCAGCAGAAUCUCAAGUCUGACGCUAACAUCAGCUCCCCUGAGAAGGAGGGCGUCUCCUCUCCUCAAGGAGACCCAAGUUUUGAAAACACUCUGGCAGCCAACACUAGCCAAAGUGUAGAGGGAGAUCUUCGUAGCACUAUAACCCACGGGCCUUUCCCUUAUGUCAUCAAUGAGCCAAACAAAUGUGCAGACAGCAGACCUGCAUUUCUGGUGUUGCUGAUAUCCACUGAGGCUCGGCAGGUGGAGGCAAGAAAUGCCAUACGGCAGACAUGGGGGAACGAGAGCGUGGCUCCUGCUCUGGGAUUCAUCCGGCUGUUUCUGCUGGGGAAAAAUGAGGGAGAGCUGGGACUUUUACAGCAAAGGAUGCUGGAAGCAGAAAGCCGAAGGCAUCACGAUAUCAUUCAGCAGGACUUUCUGGAUUCCUACAAAAACCUGACCACAAAGACAUUAAUGGGAAUGAACUGGGUGGCAAUUCACUGCCCACAAGCCGGCUAUGUCAUGAAGACGGACAGCGAUAUGUUCGUGAACACAGAGUACCUCAUUUACAAGCUGCUCAGGCCAGAACUGAAGCUGAAGAAGAACUACUUCACAGGCAAUAACAUGAGAGGCUAUGCACCCAACCGAAACAAAGACAGCAAGUGGUACAUGCCACCUGAGCUGUACCCAGGUGAGAAGUAUCCCACCUUCUGCUCUGGGACUGGUUAUGUCUUCUCUGGAGACCUGGCGAGGAAAAUCUAUGGUGCAUCACUAAGGAUCCGCCAAUUGCAUCUGGAGGAUGUGUAUGUGGGAAUAUGCCUGGCUGAGCUCCAGAUCGAGCCGACUCCUCCACCCAACGAGUUCCUGUUCAACCACUGGAGGGUGUCUUAUUCCAGCUGCAAGUACAGCCUUCUGAUAACAUCACAUGGGUUUCAUCCCAAUGAACUCCUUAAAUACUGGCAUCAUCUCCAGAGUAACAAACACAAUGCCUGCAUGAACACGUUGAGAGCAGUCAGGACUCACUCAAACAGAAUGACCAGAGAGAGACCAGCUACAUAACUUAUUAAACUCUCCUUGUUACAUACAAAUAAUGAAUUAUAUCUCAGCCCGUUCUGUUCUUACCUUGACACCAAGGGAUUAAUCCACAAAGUUAUUUGGGAAGACAAUAAAAGUUCUGCAUAUAUGUUGUGUAAAAUCUGAUGAAGUGCGUUACGAUUAUUGUCGAAUAUUUUAUACAAAACAGAUGAAAAAUGUUUAUAUGUCUGAGUCAAACCACUGGAGAGUUUAUGUACACCAUAAUAUCUUUCAAUAGAAUACGCUGUGUUUCACUGUGGUGCAAAGGGUUCUUUUUGUAGUAAUGUAAGAUUUGCUGUAUGUGUUUUAUAUCUGCUGCCUUACAGGUACAGGCGACUCUAUAACUAGAGUGGACAGGGUACAGUGCCAAUAAAUGUUUCCACAUGUGUAUCAAAUAGUCAAUGAAGGAAUUUCAAAAGCCAUGAAAACAUGAACUAUGCUACGAGAUAUUGAGAAAUAAAUGUGGUAUGAGCCUUUUUUGUUUGUACAAUAUACAUUUCUGGAAAUUGCAUUUUAAAAAGUACAUUUGAGAACCUGAAGCACAAAAGUUCCCCUUAUUACUUGAGUGAGAUACCAUCUCAUGACAACUCCAUUUCAAGGAGAUACAGCUAACAGUAGAGGAUGACGCACCUCAAGUGAGUGAAGGGUAAUAAAAGAAAGGCCGCAGCAGUAUGGAGGUAUAGAAAUAUACAUCAUCAUGCGGUAACGCAGCCUUAACAAGCAGGAAAAGACACUUGGGCGAUGUUACGAUACCCAAAAUCUAAGACAAUAUCUUGACUCACAUCAUGAUAUUGAUAUAAUAUCACUCUAUUGCCCAGCCCUACAUUGAGGCUUUGAUUAGCAGAUCUCAAUAAUUAUAAAUGGAACAUUUACUGGAUGUGUGCAAAGUGAAAUUGACAUGCCGAGUCGCUCUGGAUUCAUCUUCUUACAACACGAGCACACAGCCAGGUUUUGUUCUUACCGUCACUGACUUCAGGGUCAUGCCGUGGUAGGUGCCCAUGGUGUCGAUCUUGAAACCCUCCGUUUCUAAGAAAAUAACACAGGCUAAGUUGUAGAUUACUGGCAGAACAAAACAGAAGUGUAAUAAAAUAUAAUGCCUUAAUAUUCUAUAACCAAUUUGUGUACUGAUGUUGUAUGUAAUUUUAUGUAUUUUCUGAAAAGUAGAAUCCCCGUUACAAAUGUAACCAAAGGUGCGCAGAGGAUAAUCAUGAUGGUAUACGACUGCAUGCGUUGCAAAUGGGGGAAAAGAGCUGAGAGUAUAAACAAGUGAGAGGGAGUAAAAGCUCGGUGAUUUUUGUGGGGAACUGUACCAAACAUAGACGUUUGUUUAAGUCUGUAGAAUUCGAUGUGUUGGCCUAGACAUCUCUUCAGCACGACAAUAUUUUUCAACAACAUUUCGAUUAAUUGUGCAGCCCUGGUUGAACGCUGAGUCACACAUGGCAGGUUUUUACAGUAGAUGGACGUGUUGGCUCAGCGGCGCAGUGUCCUGACAUCUUUAAGUGGUCAGUGGAACAUCAGUGGCAACUGAAACACACUCAACUGUGCUUAUUUUUCUACAUAAUUGUUUCAGGUAUUAAGGAGCCCGGGGAAUUAAAUCAAGAACUAAAUGUGUCUAUGAGCCUUCUUAUUUGCAGUUUCCCCACAUCUGAAAAACCAUGAAGAUUAGGCCAAUUAGACUAAUAACUGAUUAGAAGGCAGCAUAUGACACGCAAUCUACACACUCAAUGAAACACACAUUGCACUCAAAGAAACAGUCUUAGUGCUCUUUUGAUUUGGCGUUUGGCACCUCAUGCUUUAAUGCAAAGGAAACUUGCAAAAGCAAUUUGAUCUUUAAAAAAAUGUUUUUAAUCAGCUGUUGCAGUAGUACGUAUAAACCUACGUCUAAUACUAAGAUAAGAACUUGUCCUUGGUUAAAACAAAGUCUGGUUUCUGAAGCUUAUUUAUUUUUUCUAAACAGAUUAGUUCACAUCAUCAACAAUUGCCGACAUAGCACUAAAACAGGCUUAUAUUUUAAAUUAGGAUCGGAUGAGACCCACACAGACGCCUGAAAUGAAUUGGUUUGGCCUCUCUGUGUAGCAGACAAAGGCUCCAUUCACAGAUCCUACACCUGAUGACGCACAGCAGGAGCAACAAACACUGGUUUCAGACAAUGAAUACCUUUUUUUUUUUUCUUACCUUUAAAAAAAAAAUCAAAAAAAAAAUCACAAGAAUCAAACUACAGUGAUACUAUGAAACCGUGAGGUUUCCCCUGCCUGGCUACAAAGAGAUGGCUAUGAGCAUGUUCACAUAAAAGAGGCGGUUUUUCAGAAAAUUACCAAUUCCAUUGUAUUCUUAUUGAAUAGAAGAUACUUUAUUCAUACCAUUGCAACCCCGGCGGUGUGAACAGUGGCAAAGUAACGCAAGGCAAUGCAUACAGUCUGCGAGACUGUAAGUGCACGACUCACAUCACACGACUGAAGAAGACGAUUAAGAUGUAAAUACGAUAUUAAUAUAUGAUAAGAGAAUAUAUACAGAUUGUUUUAGCGGUUAUAUAAAAGUUAUUCAUGGU